AUGACUCACCUGCAGGCCGGCCUGUCGGCGGCCACCCUGGAGAAGGCCAAAGCGGAACUGAAGGAGAACCCGGACACUCUCCACCAAGACAUCCAGGAAGUGCGCGACAUGAUCAUCACGCGGCCGGACAUCGGCUUCCUGCGCACCGAUGACGCCUUCAUCCUCAGGUUCCUGCGGGCCAGGAAGUUCAACCACUUUGAGGCCUUCCGACUGCUGGCCCAGUACUUUGAGUACAGGCAGCAGAACCUGGACAUGUUCAAGAACCUGAAGGCUACCGACCCCGGGAUCAAGCAGGCGCUCAAGGAUGGAUUCCCCGGCGUCCUGGCCAACUUGGACCGACACGGGAGGAAGAUUCUGCUCCUCUUUGCCGCCAACUGGGACCAGAGCAGGUACAUGUUCGUGGACAUCCUGAGGUCCAUCCUGCUGUCUUUGGAAUCCAUGAUCGAGGACGCCGAGCUGCAGGUGAACGGCUUCAUCCUGGUCAUCGACUGGAGCAACUUUACCUUCAAACAAGCGUCCAAACUCACGCCCAGCAUGCUCAGGCUCGCCAUCGAGGGCCUACAGGACAGUUUUCCCGCCCGCUUCGGAGGAAUCCAUUUUGUCAACCAACCGUGGUACAUUCACGCUCUCUAUACCGUCAUCAGGCCCUUCCUCAAGGAUAAAACCAGGAAGCGGAUCUUCCUGCACGGCAACAACCUAACCAGCCUCCAUCAGCUGCUGCAACCCGAAAUCCUACCGUCAGAGUUGGGCGGAAUGAUGCCGCCGUACGACAUGGGAACUUGGGCCAGAGCGCUCUUGGAGCACGCUUACGACGAGGACGCCGAACCGGACGGCGCACCUGACGGCGGAGGGCUGGAAGCCUUCGCCUUUUUGGAUGGGGACAAAAAUCUCUCGCCCAGAAACAUGAAAAGAUCUCAGUCCGUGGUGGAACCAGGCGUCCUGAAGCGACCGGAUAAGGUCAAAUGUGACGAGGACAACAUGCAGCCGCUACUGUCGCUGGACUAA